AUGGCUUCCACUGAUCGUCAACCCACGUCGAACCCUACCAGGUCAGAUCCCGCGGCCCCGAUCGAGGCCAGAGAGGAGAACGGCGAGUGGGAGAAGGCUUCCACCAUGGCUCCGGGAGACGGCGCGCACCGCAUGACGGAACAUGUUGGACAACCUGCGCCGGAACAGAAGGUCGAACACGACUCGGACCCAGAAACCUUCGAUAAGAUCGAGAUCACCGAGGAGGACUGCUAUGAUGAGUUGGGGUAUUCGUUUCCCACGUGGCGGAAAUGGACCAUCCUCACCGUCAUCUUUCUCGUCCAGCUCUCGAUGAACUUCAAUACCAGUUUGUACUCCAACGGCCUCACUGGCAUCUCGGAAGAAUUCAAUGUCAGUCUUCAAGCUGCUCGGUGCGGUGCCAUGAUAUUCCUUGUCCUCUAUGCUUUUGGCUGUGAGCUUUGGGCGCCCUGGAGUGAAGAGAUUGGUAGAUGGCCCAUCCUACAGGCUUCUUUGACCCUGGUGAACAUUUGGCAGCUGCCCGUCGCGUUGGCACCCAAUUUUGCAAGUCUCAUGGUUGGCAGAGCUCUUGGUGGGUUGAGUUCAGCUGGAGGGUCUGUCACUCUGGGAAUGAUUGCGGAUAUGUGGGAAUCAGAUGAUCAGCAGUACGCUGUGGCUUACGUUGUCUUCUCGUCGGUCUUUGGCUCAGUCCUGGGACCGAUUGUGGGUGGCUUCGUUGAGCAGUGGCUAGCUUGGAGAUGGACUAUCUGGAUUCAACUCAUCUUCGGCGGUUUUGUACAAGCCUGCCAUUUCUUCCUUGUCCCUGAGACUCGUUCAACCAUUCUUAUGGACAGAAUCGCGAAGAAGAGACGCAAGGCUACUGGUGAAAACAUCUGGGGCCCCAACGAACUCGAACCUUUCAAGGACCGCUUCUCUGCCAGCGAAAUCAUGAUUACAUGGAUCCGGCCUUUCAAAAUGUUCCUCACUGAACCAAUCGUCCUUACAUUAUCGCUUCUGAGCGGGUUCAGCGACGCCCUGAUCUUCAUGUUCAUCCAGUCUUUCUCCUUGGUAUACGAUCAAUGGAAUUUUGCCAUCUUUGCAGUCGGCCUUUCUUUCAUUCCACUGGGUCUCGGUUACGCCAUAGCAUGGAUUUCAUUCAUCCCCGCAAUCAGGCGGAACGUCAAGGAGAGAAAAGCCAAGCCAGGCGAUGAGAAGGCUCAAUAUGAAUCACGACUGUGGUGGCUACUCUGGACUGCGCCUUGCCUUCCCAUCGGCCUCUUUGGAUUUGCCUGGACUAUUCAGGGACCGCCUAUUCACUGGAUUGGCUCGAUGGUAUUUGCAGUCCUAGUCGGAAUUGCAAAUUAUGCCAUCUACAUGGCCACUAUCGACUACAUGAUCUGCGCCUAUGGUCCCUACUCCGCAUCCGCGACGGGAGGUAACGGAUGGUCUAGAGAUUUCCUGGCCGGUGUCCUCACCAUUCCAGCAACACCAUUCAUGAGCAACAUCGGUGGUCGUUAUCAUCUCGACUACGCCGUGACCAUUCUGGCUUGCAUCUCCACUCUCCUUGUGAUGGCUGUCUAUGUCAUUUACUGGUAUGGUCCAACACUCCGCAAGCGCUCGCCGUUUGCCCAGUCCCUGGCAGACGCUCGUGCCGACAACUUGGGCCGGAGUCUCUCCUACCUGCCCUCGGUCUCUGGCACCUCUGACUCUAGAAGACUGUCACGGGCCAGUACAAACGCUUCGCGCGAAGUUAACUCCAGGAGACAGAGUCAAGUGGAUCUCCGCAGGCACAGCUUGCCUAGGAUGGGAUCUGGCAUAACCCGAUAG